AUGGAGUCGGAAGAAGAAGCGGAGUUUCAGGCGGCGGCGGCCCCGGCGUCCCCCUCUGGGGAGGCCGAGUCCGGGCCCAGCACCGCCGUCAAGGCCGGCGCCAGUCCCGAGGCAGCAGCGAGAGCGCGGAGGCCAUGUCGGGGGCCGGCGGAGGGCGAGGCGGGCGAGGCGGAGGCCCAGGGUAAGAAGCCGCGGGUGGACCCGGCCCGGGACAAGAAGGAGAAGAAGCAGAAAGUGGAUGAGGACGAGAUCCAGAAAAUGCAGAUUUUGGUAUCGUCCUUCUCAGAAGAGCAGCUCAAUCGCUACGAGAUGUAUCGGCGCUCAGCUUUCCCCAAAGCUGCUAUUAAAAGGCUGAUGCAGUCAAUCACUGGUUGCUCAGUGUCUCAGAAUGUAGUGAUUGCCAUGUCUGGUAUUUCCAAGGUCUUUGUGGGUGAAGUGAUGGAAGAAGCUCUGGACGUCUGUGAGAAAUGGGGAGAAACGCCACCUUUGCAACCCAAACACAUGCGCGAGGCAGUGAGAAGAUUAAAACUCCGUGGACAGAUCGCAAAUACAAAAUAUAAAAAAGUCUUGUUCCAUUGACAAGAGACUGGCCCAGCAUAGGCCAGAUACAACUGACCCUCCAUUGUGAGUGAGCCUUCACUGUGAAACCUACAUUCUGCGACGUGGGUAAAUCGGCCAUUGUUUCUUUUAAGAGGAUUGAAGUCUAGGUCCUGACCUUGAUCGCUUUCUGACGAUGGGUUGGGAAAGCAGGCUAAUGGAAAAGGGGCUAAAGUUAUAUUCAGCCAUGGAGCUCAAUCUAUUCAAUCUGAAUGAGUGAGUGCUCCUGUGUCAUGUCAAGAGAAACAGCCCCAAUUUUAUUUUUGCCUUUUCCUGUUUGCAAACAAGACCCAAGAUCUGUGGCUUGGUCCCGGCUCCUCACACCAAGUGCUGUGAUAAACUUCUGUGUUGAGCGCAAUUUCACAAAUAAUGGAAGACUACUCAACCAACUCGUCAAUGAAACCUGGAGACUUGUAAUGGUAGACAGCAGCUGUAAGUAUGAGCAGUGCUGUCCUGUUUUCUGGCACACGAUAUCCAUUUAUAACUGAUCUCAGUGGUAAAGAAGUUAAUUUGCUGUGGAGGAGGAAUAGAAUAGAUUUAUCGCACGUUUGUUACAUAAACAUGGAGAGCAUCAUGAAUCUGAUUUUCCAGAUUUUAAUACCGUGUAUAUCAUAGCUUUUUAAGCACAAUGCAAACUUGGAGAAUGUUGCACACAAUGUUUGUGCGCGUGUAAGAACUGUCUGAUAAAAUGUAAUGCCAUUUUGUCUCAAUUAAAAAUAAAUUGCCACAAA